AUGAUUUCUCUUCCGCCUAAUAUUGAGGACUGGAGUCCACGAAUAGUGUUAGAGUUCCUGAAGGCAAAUAAAAAAAAACUACAUCUUACUGAUGAAAUGGUACAGGCCGUGAAAGAACUGGACUAUUCCGGUAAAAAUUAUCUUCGGUCAAACGAAAAUGAGCUCAGAAGUUCCGGCCUGUCUCCUGGAGCAGUGAUAAGAAUCCUUGAAGAGCUUGAAGAACAAGCGAAUAAAUGCAGCGAUCAAUUUCGACGAGCUUUGCCCGCCAGAAGAAAAGAGCCAACCCCUCCACAAUACGAUAAUGAUCAAGAUUGCCUUUUAACGACCCCAAAAUCGAGUAAAAAAAGGUCACUGUCUCUCCCAGAAGAGGAUUUGACUCUCCCAAAUACAGAUGAAAUACAUAUACUUAGGGAAAAAUUCAGAAGAAUAUAUAACUCUAGGAAAGAAAGCGAAGGUCUUACAUUUGUAAAAAUAGCAAAAAAGGAGAUUGACAAUGGUUAUAUUGGUAAGGGGACCUUAUCAAAUUUUUAUAACGGUAAAUCAGAUCUUAAUAGAGAACCAAAUCUGUUAGCGAUUAAAGGGUGGAUUGAAAAAUAUGAGACAAAUACUACAAAGAAAAAAAAAAUUUAA